AUGCAACUUAAACAAAUGGCAUUAAAUAUGAUGACUUUGCAAAGGUUGCAAGCGAUUAGUUCAACGGACAUAGGAAUAAGCUCUACGAAAUUUUCAACGAAUCAAUCGAAUGAAAACUCGGCGGUGCAUAGUGUUUACUCAUGUGACAAAUGUUCUAAAUUUUUCGCUACUUCUGAUUGCCUUGAACAACAUAUGCAGAUUCAUUCAUCUGAGAAACAGUUCGAAUGCAAACAGUGCGGUAAAAGCUUCAAAAGAUCUUCGACUCUCAGUACACAUCUGCUUAUCCAUAGUGAUACCCGACCUUAUCCAUGCGACUUUUGUGGAAAACGAUUUCAUCAGAAAUCCGAUAUGAAGAAACACACCUAUAUUCACACAGGUGAAAAACCGCAUAAAUGUACGGUUUGCGGAAAAGCUUUCUCACAAUCAUCAAAUCUAAUUACGCAUACAAGAAAGCAUACUGGAUAUAAGCCAUUUGCAUGCGAUGUCUGUGGAAGAACGUUUCAGCGUAAGGUGGAUAGAAGGCGACAUCGAGAAAGUCAUCAAAAUGAGGCUGAUAGCCAAAAAAAUAUUUAUUCAGAUAUUAAAGCAACAAAUAUUUAUUCAGAUAUUAAAGCAACUAACAAUCACUCUAAACUAUUCGUUGAUGAGCAAGAUGACAAUCCAACCGAUAUUCUAAAUCGUCUUGGCUUAUCAAGUAAUGCUAGUUUAUUGACGAAGUUAAGGCAGUUGAAUAAUGCUGAUUGCUUAGAACAAGCAUUGAAUUUAAGCUCUAAAUAA